AUGAGGUCUGCGUCCGCUUCUGCGGUGCUUUGCCGUAUGUCCCGACUUCAAGUGCAGAAUUGUGGCUUGGCGGGUCCUUGAGCUGUAGACGACGCCAGGCGGCCCCAAGGCGGGCUAGCCUCAGCCCCGGCCGCUUGGGCUCCUUUCCGCACCCCACUCUGUCGCCGCUCUGUUUGGGGCCUUUUGAGAAGUUUUGAACUUCCGGGGUUGGCUCGACGGCGUUUGCGGUGUUGGUGGGUGGCCGAGGGGCGUCGCUGUGCCCUGCUCCUGGGCAGGGCCCUUUAAACUUUGUUUUUUUAAACUUCGGGGGUGUGGUCGCAGCGCUUUCUCUCUACCCGGCUGGUUGUUCUUUGGCCAUCGCGUCCUUCCCUCCGCCCCGCCUUCCAGAUGCUUUGGAGUCAUGAGCCGGGAGGGCGCAGGGACCCCUCUGGUGGCCGAGGUGAUCAAAGAUCGCCUUUGUUUUGCCAUUCUCUACAGCAGACCAAAGAGUUCAUCAAAUGUACAUUAUUUCAGCAUAGAUAAUGAACUUGAAUAUGAGAACUUCUACGCAGAUUUUGGACCACUCAAUCUGGCAAUGGUUUACAGAUAUUGUUGCAAGAUAAAUAAGAAAUUAAAGUCCAUCACAAUGGUGAGGAAGAAAAUUAUUCAUUUUACUGGCUCUGAUCAGAGAAAACAAGCAAAUGCUGCUUUCCUUAUUGGAUGUUAUAUGGUUAUAUAUUUGGGGAGAACUCCAGAAGAAGCAUAUAGGAUAUUAAUGUGUGGAAAUACAUCCUAUAUUCCUUUCAGAGAUGCUGCCUAUGGAAGUUGCAAUUUCUACAUUACACUUCUCGACUGUUUUCAUGCAGUAAAAAAGGCAAUGCAGUAUGACUUCCUUAAUUUCAACACAUUUAACCUUGAUGAAUAUGAACACUAUGAAAAAGCAGAAAAUGGAGAUUUAAAUUGGAUAAUACCAGACCGAUUUAUUGCCUUCUGUGGACCUCAUUCAAGAACCAGACUUGAAAGUGGUUACCAUCAACAUUCUCCUGAGGCCUAUAUUCCAUAUUUUAAGAAUCACAACGUUACUACUAUUAUUCGUCUGAAUAAAAGGAUGUAUGAUGCCAGACGCUUUACGAAUGCUGGUUUCGAUCACUAUGACCUUUUCUUUGCGGAUGGCAGCACCCCUACUGAUGCCAUCGUCAAAGAAUUUUUGGAUAUUUGUGAAAAUGCAGAGGGCGCCAUUGCAGUACAUUGUAAAGCUGGCCUUGGACGAACGGGCACUCUAAUAGCCUGCUACAUCAUGAAGCAUUACAGGAUGACAGCGGCCGAGACUAUUGCUUGGGUCAGAAUCUGCAGACCUGGCUCAGUGAUUGGGCCUCAGCAACAGUUUUUGGUGAUGAAACAGGCAAGCCUCUGGUUGGAAGGUGACUAUUUUCGUCAAAAGUUAAGGGGUCAGGAGAAUGGAAAACACAGAGCCGCUGUCUCAAAACUCCUCUUGGCUGUUGAUGACAUUUCAAUCAAUGGGGUCAAGAAUCAAGACAAGCAAGAACCUGAACUGUACAGUGAUGAUGAUGAAAUCCAUGGAGUGACACAAGGUGAUAGACUUCGUACCCUGAAAAGCAGAAGACAGUCAAAAACAAACGCUAUUCCCCUCACAGUAAUUCUUCAGUCCAGUGUUCAGAGCUGUAAAACAUCUGAACCUAACAUUUCUGGCAGUACAGGCAUUACUAAAAGAACCACCAGAUCUGCUUCAAGAAAAAGCAGUUUUAAAAGUCCCUCCAUUUCAAGGACUAAAACAGUCUUGCGUUAAGUAAAAACCUGUGACCAGAACUGAAGGAAGACUCUAGGAACAGAAACCUACAGCAGGACUUAGCACAAUUUAUUUGGAAACAAAACAAAAUUGCAAAAGCCUUAGCUGCUUUCCACCUAAGAAGUUUAUUCAAUGAAGACAAUGUCCACUGGAGUUUAAAAUAACUACAUGAGUUUGGGCACAAGCAGUGACUUGAAGAAGGCCCGGCUCUCCUUUUGUUGAAAUGUCUCAAGUUUAACGACAAAAAAGCUGUUGUAAAUUUAGUCUCAGGUGUAAAUAUCAAAGCCCUCUGUUGUCAGGAGAGCUGACCUGUGUGGUGCACGUGUGUCUCUGUGAUGGCAAUCAUUUUAGCUGCUGGCCUUCAGAAGAAGUGAGGAUCUGAUGGAGGUUUUUUACGUAUUUAUUUUCUGUUCACCCUGUGUCGAAAUUUAUAAAGAGAAAACAGGCAUUACUGAAGUGGUACUUUCUGUAAUUUGAUACUAUUUGGUUUAACCAUCUUCACUUUAAUACUUGUAAUAUUGUUGUAAUGGUAACUGUUAAGUACCCAAGCUGCUUGUCUUCCACCAAAGAGUGCUUUAUUAACAAGAAUCUGUGAAAACCGUGUUUUGAAGACUGUUGGAUGUUGUGAUACAAAGUGGUACUUUGGCAGCCGAACUUGCAAGAGAACAUGAGUGGUAGCUUUAGAAGACUUGGGAGGGGACACUGGCUUCAGAGUCGGAAGAUUGUUGUGAGUCAUUCCUCUUUACGUCAGUGAGGGACUGGAGAAUGCCAAGGCUGCCCACAGUUUGGUUGUCCAGCCAUACAAAUUAAAGUCCUAUUUCCUUCCACACAUGAUUAAGAAAAACACUGUUGGUGUUUUCCCUUGGAAACAGCUAGCCCAAAUAAUAGUGGCUUAAAAAAAGAAAAGUACUGCUUUAUUCAGGUCUUUCUCUGUAACUUUAUGGAUUUCUUUUUUUAUGUGAUCAGCCUAAUGCCAUGCACACACGCUUUGAUUUCAGUGACAGUUACUUGUGUCUGGAUUUCAGUUGUUUGUAAAUAAGAGACUCACUGUUGCCUUUGGUUGGAGAAUACAACUAACUCUUCAGUGUGCCUUCGCCCCUCCACCUUCCAGAAACACAGCAGGGCUCUGUGAUAUAAAGCAAUCACAAAAAAUAUAUAUUUGCUGCUAAAACAAAAAACUGGGGCCCAAAAUAAAUGAAUAGUUUGCAGGUACGUUGGUUACCUCCAUACUAAGAAGGGAAUGGUUUUAGUUACUGCUCAGCGUUUCUGCCUGUCCUCGUCUGGAGAGCAGGGGCUGCGGUACGGAAAGGCAAUAGAAGGCGAACGCCUUCACCUUACGAGGUGAACGAACCAGGCGAGUGGGCAGCUCCAUUUUUAAAAGCUACCUUUUUAACAAAACUAUGAUCGGAUGUUAAACGAUUGGAAUAAAACAGAUUUUAGUCUGUUAAUGGAAAAAGUUACUGGAAAGCCGUGGCUCCAUUUCGAUAUUUACUCUCUCAGAGUAAAUUAUAAGGUUGGUUGUCUUCGAGGGGAGAUGGCAGAUCGCCAUGGUCUUGGUCAAACAGGCGGCUCUUCCCCGUCAGGUGGUGUGGGGUGCGUCACGCCAGCUUUUAAACGCUGGGGACUAGAUCUCAGAAAAAAAAAAAAAAGUGGCUUUCUAUCCCUGGAAGUGAAUAGACACAAAGACCCACUUAACUGACGGGAAGACCUCUCUUCACUAAGCUUUGGGUGGGAGGAGAAACAUUCCAUUAGCUGUCUUAUGCUAGGAGAUGAUAGUAAGUAUUCAGACUGUGCCCUUGAAUAAAACUCUGGAUUCUCAGGACGAUUCUACUUCCCUUGACACCUUUAAAGGCCAUCUCCUCCAUAAAUAAUCCAGGUAGUUAUGAAAAUCAAACUUCAAUCUAAACUUUUCCUGUUUUGGCUUUUUCUCCCUCCCAGUGAAUAAGCCAUUUGGUGUCUUGGCCAAAAGUGAAAAAUCUGGGCUUCAGCGUUAACCACAGUACUUUUUAUUUUACAAAUUUGCCGUUUUGUGUCGGCUGCUCAAGUCUCCAGCUAGAGUUGCUGUCACUGCGGCUCUUUCUCAAAAAUCUUGUUAUUUAACAUGCUCACUAAAGUGUAGUCCUCGGAAACUGUGAUUUGAUAAAGAAGCCGUCCUUGGAACACAGCAAGGACUUGGGGUCGUGCCUCAGGCGAUCUCAUAGCGCACUAUUACUAGAGGGCAUUUCUAGAAUCCAGGAAGGCUCUGGGUCUGACCGAUGGAAAGUCCUUCCUGCUAUGAAUAAGAGUGGACUCUUUUUUUCCCUAAACGUAAACUUCAACACACCCAGAAUCUCCUGAGAUUCUAACUUCAAGUCCUUGUCAUAGAAAGACCCUGUCGCUAUGAAAUAGGAAAUAGGGCACAUCCGAUGGAGAGAUUCCUUUAAACUUAAGAGCCUUAAAUAGCUUUGAAAGUACACCAAGAAAGUUUCCAUUGAAAUUAAAACUAGAAAUGCAUUUUUUUAGGUGUCCUUGAAGCUUUUUGGGGACUCAUGUCCAAAGUCCAAGACAGUCCAAAGGCAGGGUGUAUGCAAAACUGGGUACCUAGCAGUAUAGACAGACUUGUUUUUUGUAAUGCUGAAGAAAAACUAGAAAUCUCUGAGCCGUCCGCGAAGAGGGUUAAUCCUGAGCAGUGCCUCACUGAGACCCGCAGCCUGCCUUGUCCGCAUAGCUGCGUCCGGGCGGCCUUCUGCUAUGCUACUCUCCAGCAUCUUUUCUGCUCUCUGCCUGGCCCCGUUCACCCACCACCCACCUGCUUUUUUCUCUGCCCUCCUCCCCUCUCACAGGGGUCACUCCUACCUCUUUUCUUGGGCCCAGACAAUUUUUAGAGGGGUACUCAAGUGUGCUCAUGAGCUGAAUACGUUUGCCCUUGAAGCCCGAUGGCCAGUUCUGCAUGCCCUGAGGACCAUCAGGCUUUCUGGGUGGUGUUGUGCCAAGAGCUUCUGGAAGCUUCCCUUUGCUUGAAUCACCACCAUUCAUGACAAAUGAGCAAUGCACUCUUUUGAUGUUUGUUCUAAAAGUAGUUCAACUCUUCCUCUUCGUACAUUUUUAAAAGUAAUUAUUGCAUCUUGGAAAGCAGUGCUCAUCAAAAACAAAUUUAAUAGCAUAUUUUAAUUUUUUAAUAGUUAUCUCCCGCUAAAACUGCCCUGGUAAGGCUAGCUGCUGCUCUUUCGUGUCUCCUAAACCUGAGUAUUCCUCCUGUUCCUGAGUGGAAAUACUACAGAUAUAUUUAAAAGACUGGACAAUUCACCUAUACUGUGUACGAAAUUACCUCCUUACCUGCUCAGAAUUAACUGUCAGCAAAUAUGUUCGUUCAUCUGAUUAUAGUACAGCAGUUUUAUAUUAAUAAUUUGCAGACUUUUAUCUAACCUGCACUCAUGUACAGAUUAUUAAAAAGUUUUAAAGUGUAACUGAUUAAUCAGUAUUUGGUCAAUCAUUGUCUUUGAUUUUUUAAUUAAAAUGUAUAUUUCUAAUCAUAUUUUAUAAAGCCAAGAGAACUGGUUGAAUGAAUGUUUAUUUUCCUGAAGGUAUUUUUAAGAUAAAGCUUCAUAAUGGCCUGUAAACUUUGCAUAUCUAUGUAGUUUGAUACAUAUUGUCAAGUUUGAAAAUCUUGUGUAUUGUAACAGGUUUUAUACGAAAUACUGAAUAGUGAAAAUUGUAUAAUUAUAACCAUACCAUUAAAAGUAUUAACCAAA